GUAAUUCCUGCGUUCUCCUGAGUUGUGUGUCGCAGGCUGCUGACGUCGUCCCCGGUCACCUCUAGUCCUUCUAUGAGAGAAGAAUGUACCGAGCUCUGAGUACCGGCACACAGCGGGGGUCCUCAGCCCUGCACAGGCUGCUCAGCACAUUGGUGGUGGCAGAACAUGACACGCAGCAGCUCACCCCCAUCACCCUCAACGCCAUAUCCGCUGCCAAGAGACUUGGAGGGGAAGUGUCCUGCCUGCUGGCUGGAACCGACUGCACCAAGGUAGCAGAGCAGUUAUCAAAGGUUGAAGGAGUUUCCAAGCUCUUUGUAGCGCAACAUGAAGCAUAUAAAGGUUUCCUACCAGAGGAGCUGGCUCCCUUGAUUUUGGAAGCACAGAAGCAGUUUAAAUUUACCCACAUAUGUGCUGGAGCAUCAGCCUUUGGAAAGAAUUUACUGCCAAGAGUAGCAGCAAAGCUUGACGUGGCACCAGUAUCUGAUGUUAUUGACAUCAAGUCUCCAGAUACAUUUGUGAGAACAAUAUAUGCCGGAAAUGCUUUGUGUACAGUGAAAUGUGAUGAGUCUGUAAAAGUGUUCACUAUCAGAGGCACGUCCUUUGAAGCAGCUCAGAGUUCAGGAGGAAACGCAAGCCUUGAAAAUGUGACUCCACCUCCACCGGCUGGAAUAUCUGAAUGGUUGGAGCAGAGUCUGACCAAAAGUGACCGUCCUGAGUUAACCGGUGCUAAAGUUGUGGUCUCUGGAGGUCGAGGGUUAAAGAGUGGUGAUAACUUCAAGUUGUUGUAUGAUCUGGCAGAUCAGCUGCAUGCUGCGGUGGGUGCCUCUCGUGCUGCUGUAGAUGCUGGAUUUGUCCCCAAUGAUAUGCAGGUGGGGCAGACAGGAAAAAUUGUAGCACCGGAGCUGUACAUUGCGGUCGGCAUCUCAGGAGCUAUCCAGCACUUGGCUGGAAUGAAGGACAGCAAGACUAUUGUUGCCAUAAAUAAGGAUCCAGAGGCUCCAAUUUUCCAGGUGUCAGAUUAUGGUUUAGUGGCAGAUUUAUUUAAGGCGGUACCAGCAAUGACAGAACUACUUAAGAAGAAAUAAAGGAAAUUCCACUUGCCAAGUAAUAAACAGCUGCUGCUUAACAAAAAAAAAAUCUUUGUAAUUACAGGAUACAUUACUCCAAGCCUGAUGAUUAUAUGUUUUUUUACUGAUGGUGUUUAAAUGGUUUAGGAAUAACAGAACUUUAAUAAAAGCUACUUGUAAAAUUCA